GUCACUCUCCUGCCCCCAGCCGCCAGGGACGGGAGAAGGGACCAGCGGCGGAAAUCCCCGGCCUGCGCGACGUAGGACAGGAGGGAGGAGCUGGCUCAGCCCGGGCACUGCCCAGCGGCUCUUUCACUGCUUCUCCUCCCGCCACUCGCCGAGGGACAGUGCCUGCGCCUCCCGCCGAGUCCGGCUGAGCAGCGCCCCGCGCCGCGCCGCGAUGGAGCCGAGAAGCUCUGGACUUUGGUUACUGUUUCUUUGUGCUCUAGGAUGCGUUAUUGCAGAGGAAGAUAAGAAAGUUAUCAGCACAAUAGGCAGCACUGCUGAACUGACCUGCAUUUAUCCUCAAGAGAAAAAAUUCAUUUUAAAUAAGCUACGCGUCUUUUGGCAAAUAGCAGAUGGUUCAAAACUGUGUUCAGUGGUACACACCUUUAAUUCUGGUCACGAGAACCAAAGUGAGCAGUGUGCAGACUUCAGAAACAGGACUCGAUUAUUUCAGGAUAAGCUGGAAAAUGGCAUUUUUUCUCUGCUGCUGCUAAACGUCAGCCUAAGAGAUGAACACACGUACCGGUGCAUAGUACAGAAGAAGGACGUAGUUUUCAGGGUUAUUCACAAUGCAGAUGUGACCCUCAAGGUAGCAGCCAAUAACAGCUUGCCAGUACUAAGUGAACCUACAGGAAACUGCCCAGAUAUUGGAGAAAAGGUGACAUUAAGUUGCAACUAUAGCCAAGGAUACCCAGAGCCAAACAUUUACUGGAUAAAUAGAACAGACAAUAGCUCCCUCCAUCCAUCAUCAUUAAAGAUCAUCCAAGACAAUGAUGGCACGUACAGUGUUUUCAGCACACUGAAGAUUGAACCAAAUUCUGAUAUAAAAGUAGGAUGUAUCAUAGAAAAUGAACUACUACAGCAAAAUCUAACUGUCCUCUUCUCGAAAGACGUCACAAACCCUAACCCGACCAGCAGCGAUCGGUUAUAUCUAAAUGAACCGGGAGCUCAGGCUGGAAGUGUCCUUGCCAUUGCCAUUGUGUUAGCUGGUCUAGCUGUUUUAACCUGCUGGCUGUGGAAAAGGAAAUCCCCUCACCAGAAAUCAUAUGCAGAUGUUCAACAAAAUGAAGAUGGAGCACAUCACAAUACACCCGUUUAAAUGGGAAAUUCUCAGAGAAUUUGGGCAGCUGGUGAUAUACCAAGAGAAUGCUGAAGCUAUGGAUGCUAUGUUGAAGCCAAGGACGGCAGCAUUAUCUGCAAUAUGAAUGACAUAGUGUUUCCAGAGCAUGGGCCAGGUCAAAUGGCAAAAACCUUCUCUGACAGAGGAGAGAGCAAAAUCCACCUGCUUUGGUCUGCCACUUCUAAACAGCCCUUGUGCUGGUUUCAAAAUACCUGUGUGAGUGAAAGGUACAGUUGUUCCCAGAUGCUGAAGCAUUGCUUCAGGAAUGAAAGACUGCCAACUGUUAUUUUAUCAAUCUAAGAAUUCCCUACUAGGAGAUAAGCAACUGUGUUUCAGCAGUGCUGACAAUUCUCUCUGCCUUUGAGACUUUUCAUAACGAUUACUGAACAUGAAAAAUGGCAGCUAGGCAAGUGAAAACUGCAAGACUGCGUAGAGCAAACUUUGUUGCCUGUUUUACUUCUUCCCCUUCCUCCAUGCAUCCUUUCACUGUUUCUGGGCAGCCUCAGUGGCAACAGAAAAAUAUCCUGAAGCUUCCAACUUAGACAUGCAGAGGUACCGGUGCCUAUAGCUGAACAAAACUUUUGAGUAUGAACAUUAGGAAGCCUUCUUUUAUUUCAGUUUAAGUGUGCAUUCUACAUUUUACAGAGUACUCGAUCAAAAAGGGAGUGUCCAUCAGUUGACAGAGCACAGAGAUUACCAGGAUUCCUAGGAAUUGCAUAGCACUACCUUAGCAUUGUCUGUGCUGAAUUCAGAUCAGCAGUUGCCUGUGUGCAUAUACUUUAGAGACUGGACAAAAAAAAAACAUAGUGUUAUCCUCAUUUUGGCAUGACAAGCGUCAACCGCUCCCUGUUGCGUUCUAGGAUACUGGAGAUUUGAAAUACAAUCUUCCUGCACUCCCUUCCCCUCCCCCACCCGUAAAAACAGGUGUGUAGCAUACACAGUCACAUUUGCCCUUGAUACAGCAAGAACAUCAUUAACAGACAAAGUAAAUGUGUGGCGAAAUCAGGGCCAUCCUUAGGAUUUAUGGGGCUCCAUGCAGUAUUAUUAAACCGGUGCCCCUAUGCCUGACGGCAGCCUGGGCUCACAUGUGUAUUUUAGAUAAGGGGGGUCUUUUGAAGGAUUUAUUUAAAAAAAAAUGUCUGAAGAUCCAAACAUUUAAGGCUAAAGAUGAAUACUCAGACUGUGCAUCUAAAAACCAGGUAGGGAUUUUUUAGAGAUGUGAUUUUAUAAUCUUCAGCAACACACUAAUGAAAUAUUUUUAAAGCAAUUUUUAA